UUGAAAUAGCUGGAGGCCAUCAUUGGUGUGAACAAUUGACAGUGAAUUUGGUAUCUUUAUUCAAAGCCAGGAGCAGUCUAAGCCUAUUUUUGCUGCAGCUAACAGUCAUGUCGUUUGAAGCAGGUUCGAGCAGUUCUUUAAACGUCCCAGUUGGUCCUGCAAGAAGCUUUUCCUCGCUGGAAGAUGAAGAGGUGGCAAGCACAGCUAGCGGGCAAUCAUCAGUAGACCUCAACGGACUACUACAUCAGCAGCAAAGCAACCAAUCCUCUCUGGACGACUCAGAGAGACUCUCUAUGCUGUCCUCUGCUGUUAGCUGGAUAAAGGAGGAAUUGGCUGCCAUGAGAGAUACUGAUCGCGGUAUAUUGCACCAACUGCUCAGAGCUCACUCUGCCAUCACUGACAUUAGAGAAUCACAGAAGAAGAAUGGCUACUCUGAGCAGUCACAACAGGAUCAGGAAACUGAUGAUAAUAUAACACAAUCAGAGUCCAUCAAAGAAGAAGAGCUGAACUCAAGUGGACACAGCGAUUAUUAUUCAAGAGAUGAGAAGACUCCUGGAUCAGGGAGCCACGUAUCACUUGAUAUAACUACCAAUACUACACCUCCUAGAACUGGUUCAUCAACCACCAACAAUACUGAUGCUACUAGCAAUAGUACUGGGUUCACUCCUCUAAAGAAACUGAGGCCAGAGACAGAGGCAAAGGAUGACGAUGAUAUACUAGCACAGUUCUUUGGGGAAGAGAGUUUAUCUAAGUUUACUUGCCUUUCAAAGCCACGAUCCUCAAAAUCAAAAGGGACCGAACAGACCGACUCUCCUACAGUACAUGCGCCUAAAACAAGCCAAUCUACUGAGAGGAUGCAGAAACAGCACUCUUUCACUGCCACCUCUCCUCUCUCUGAUAGACUUAAAGUCGAUGUUGACAAGAAGAGCAGUCGUAGCAGCGUUGCAUACGAGAUGCAGCUACUAAGACAAAAAUUACAAGAGGAAGCAAAGUCAGAGCUAGAGGCAUUCGACAGGGAAUUUGAUGGACCUGCUAGCGUGCCUUCGUUCCUUGAGGUAGAGAAGAAAUCUUAUCGCUACUCCAUUUUGAAUCGAAUGGAUGAGCUAUUGUAUCCAUCGUCACCACCGCCGUCGUCCAGUGUCCCACGCCAUCGAUCGGGUAGUCAUAUCCGACAGUACUCAGAACCUGUCGUUAAUGUAAACUUAGACGAGUACACCAGAGGAGAAGAAAGAAGCAACUUUAAAACUUCGCAGUCGACAACCUUUUCGCAAUUUAGGAAGUCGUCAGAGCCUGCCCACAGCAGCUUUCGUCUGCCAACCUCCAAAACAAUGGAACUAAGUAGAACAGGGAGUGGAUACUACCAUGACAACGCUGGAGGAGGAAUGAGAGUGACUCCACCAAGGAAAGGAUCACAGACUCACUAUGACACCACGGUUAUCAAGAGACGCUCUUCAAACUCGUCCCGUAGUUCGUCACAGACUAAUACUCUAGAGAAAAAAGGACACCAUCCCCUGCAGUACAGCGUGGAGUCGCUGGAAGGAGGAGUAGGGAGUAAUGACGACUUGUCUUCUUACAAUGGGCAGUAUUAUCAUAGACGUGACGGAUCUAGCGAUUAUGACAAUAUCCCAGAGAACAAAAGCAUUAGAGGGACCAGGAAUGAUAGCGGUAAUGGGAGGAAGGGCCUCUCUCCUGAAGUAUACCCGGAGUCAAUGUCACCGUCUCCUCCUCUAACUCACGUCUCUUCCUCCCCACUAGGACUGCAGGGGCGCUCCUUUAAUCAAAAGCCUCGGAGCGUUCCUCUGAGGAAGAAGAAUUUUAUAAGUCAAAGUCCAGAGAGCAGCUGGCUAUGAGGGAUUCAAUCUAGCUACAAAUGUACUCCUCUUCUUUGUGACAAAUAAUACAUUAAUUUUAAUCUUUAUUUAAUAAUUGCUAUUAUGAUUAAUUAAAAUAGAAUUUCCUGUGUUUUGCAAUAAAA